AACUGAAACGUGCUCGCGGAAAACAUUACUAAAAAGUUCCCUUUUACUUGCAGUUCUAAUUCCUCGAUGAGCAUCUAAUCGUAAAACGAUCGUACAAUGAGGAAUCUGUAUCGUGUAUCGCAUCAAAGUUAUAAUCUAACAGACAACCAGCUAGCUGCUGUCCGGCCCAGCUUUACCGUCGAUCAAAAUACGGAACAAAAGUUUUACUUCGUCCAGGACAGUGGUGUGUUCUGCUGUCCCCUGCAUUUGAACAUCGAACAGCCCUUCUGUGAAACGUUGCUUUCACAAAGUGACGGUUACGAGGACAUUAUAGCGAUUGAACAUCUCGCACUGAUCGAUGAGCUUUGCUGUGCAUCAGCCGGCGGGAAUGUGUGGUCGUACAAGCUGUCCAGUGGGCAGAUAGAGGAAGUGACUCACUGCAAGCAUGGCAUCAAAGCGAUGCAAUGGAGCCCCGAUCAAGAGCUGGUCGUGUUUGUGGACGGUGAGCUAAACGUUGUUACCAUGAUCGGUAGUGAGUAUGAACCGAUCAACGAAGUACAGCUGAAGGACGACACGUUUGGCGACCGGCAGUUUAUGAGUGUGGGCUGGGGCAAGAAGGAAACUCAAUUCCAUGGUUCGGAGGGAAAAGCUGCUGCCACUGCUAAGAAAUCUAUUCCCAAGACCCAGGAGAACAGCGAACAGGACGUUGAGCAGCGGGAUGCAUCGGUGCAUAUAAGCUGGCGAGCGGAUGGAGAAUACUUUGCGGUCAGCUAUUUAGCACCGUUCGGUCAGCGAGCGUUCAAGGUGUUCAACAAGGAAGGUGCCUUACAGUACACGUCGGAAAAGUGCUACGGAUUGCAGGGAUCACUAGCCUGGCGCCCUUCGGGCCAAUGGAUUGCGAUCGCGCAAGAUCUAAAGACGGGAUACGUUAUAGCACUGUUCGAGAAGAACGGAUUGCGCCAUCGAGAAAUUCCACUUACACUAGACCCACGUGCCGGUCAGACAGUGCGUUCCCUGCACUGGAGCCCUGAUUCGGACGUGCUAGCUGUGCAUUGGGAGGAUGCGCAGAAAGAAACCAGUAACGUGUUCCUGUACGUGAUCGGGAACUAUCACUGGUAUCUGAAGCAAGCCAUGUCAUACGUGAAAGGUACAACGGUUUCCAGUAUUCAGUGGGAUCCGCGACAUUCAGCCGGUAAAACAUUGCACCUGUUUUCAUCGGGUCAAUUCCGGUACGAGUGUAUUCGGUUCGAUUUUCGCGUAGAUCGUUCCGUGGACCAGUCGGAAGAUGAUCAAGCACUGGUAGGCGUUAUCGAUGGAAAGCGACUGCUGUUAACUUCGUUUCGCAAUGCCGUCAUACCACCACCGAUGUGUGGCUACACACUGGAACAGGAACAUUCUAUUAAUGCGGUCGGUUUCAUACGUACGCCAGGACGUUGUGAGGCAAUAGGACAGGACGUAAGCCCAAAUGCAUUCUUUACCGUUGAUUCACUGGGAGAUAUCACUUUGUACGACACGACAUUCAGGAAGGAUACGGGACGGUCCAUUUUGUCUGGAGUUACCGUUUUGCUGAAGCUUGAAGCCAGUAAACUGAACAUGUCCUUAGAUGUAGAUCCUUAUGAAAGCAAACCAAGAACACUUCACCAUCUUUGGGUAAACCCGAAUUAUCUCGUCAUGGAUCACAGCCAAAUACGGUGCUGCUUUUAUUGUAUGAUACCAACUACCCCUGAACCAAGAUUAAAGAAAAUAUUACAAAUGGAAACGGACAGCACUGACGAAAUCGGUUGCAUCGAAGCAUACGGGAUGGAUAAUAUACUUGUAGAACUCCUUUCUGGGCGCGUGCUACAAGUGGAUGGAAUAAGCAACACACAAAAUGGUAUGGAAACAGGCCAACAUAGCGUACUACCAGUAUUCUGCGAACAACUCUACGUCGAUCGCAACCAUCCCGAGCGAACAGUUUAUGCACUGGCACAGAACCGACGCCAUCUGUAUCGUGAUGGUACACUGCUAGCGUCAGACAUAACAUCCGCUUUGCUGACGGAAAACUAUCUCCUCUGUACGACAAUUUCCGAACUAAAAUUCAUCGCCCUCAGUUGUUCCAUCGUUGAGCCGAACGGUCGUAAUGCGAUCAUCGGUGAGCGUCGUGUUGAGCGUGGCUCCAAACUAGUCACGGUUGUACCGAAAGCUUCACGGACCGUUUUUCAACUACCACGCGGUAAUUUGGAAGUGAUCAAUCCACGCGUUCUAUCCCUAUGUCUGAUCGCGAAACAUCUCGAUGCGCUCGAAUACUACGCGGCGUUCGAUAUAAUGCGCAAAGAGCGCAUUGAUUUGAAUCUACUCGUUGAUCACGAUCCCGGCCGUUUUCUGGAACAUCUUACCAGCCACUUUCUGGUACAGAUAACAAACGUUAACUGGUUGAACCUGUUCAUCUCGGAUCUUGCCAAUCAGGACGCCUGUCAAAAGUACGAAAGUAACUAUCGAGAUCGUAAUAGUGUGGGUGCCGAUUCGACUCUUCCGACCGAUUAUUCGAUCGAAGAAAAGGUGCGUUUUUGCUGUGAACGUUUACUCACGGCCAUGGAUGUAGAUCCGACAGUGUUAACGCUCCCGAAAAUUACCUGCCACGUAAAACAGGGACAGAUGGAGAAAGCACUCGCGCUUAUCUGGACACUGAAGCAACACCAACCUUCACCCGAAGCGGCCGAGGAAGCGUUACGCUAUCUACUCUACUUGGUCGAGGUGAACGUACUGUACGAUGAAGCGCUUGGUAUGUACGAUUUUGGGCUCGUCCUGUUUGUCGCUACCAAAUCGCAGAAAGAUCCGAAAGAGUAUCUUCCCUUCCUGAACGAACUGAAGCGUAUGGAUGAGAAUUAUCGAAAGUAUCGCAUCGAUUGUCACCUGAAGCGUUACGAACGUGCACUGGAACAUAUUGCCCGGUACGAGACGGACGAGGAACGCUUCCAGGAGGCGUUGGAAUUAACUGCUACCCAUCAGCUGUAUUCGGUCGCACUGCGUUGUUACAGGAAGAGUGCAAACAAGGAAUAUUAUCGUCGUGUUUGUGCACUUUACGGUGAUUAUUUGCGCAAAGGGAGCAAACAUGCGGACGCUAGUUUGAUGUACGAACGGGCCGGUGAUCUACCGCAAGCGAUCUCUUCCGCACGGCAUGCACUCGACUGGUGCCGUGUCGUACGUUUGUCCAGCGUUUGUUCCCUACCGGUGGAACCUGUUUUACGAUCGCUCGUACCGGCGCUAUUGGAAGCUGGAGAGUACGAUGCAGCAGCAACGAUCGCUUACGAUCAUUUAAAGGAUGCACGUUUAGCGAUUGAAUGUCUGGUAAAGGACCAUCGGUACGAAAGAGCACUCUUGCUGGCAAACGAACCCGAUCUGCAGGAUAAAGUUCGAAGUUGCUUAGGCAAUUAUUUAACCACACUGGAUGAAACGCUUUGCUCGGAAAAGGAACAAUUCCUGCAUCAAAAGGAGCGAUUGGCAACGGUGCGUGAGGAACGUACCCGGAAGCAAUCAUCCGCCGCAGCUGGUGAGGAUCAUGGUGAUAUGGAUGGGGACUGUGGUGAUUGUGAUCUCUACUCAGACAGCUCCACUAUUGCUUCUUCGCGCCAUACAGGAACUUCGGGCCGUUCGGGUAAAUCUCACCGUUCGAGUAAAAAUCGUCGCAAACAUGAACGGAAGCUACUUAACCUAAAGGAAGGCAAUCCGUUUGAGGAUAUCGCAUUGAUCGACGCUUUGCACACACUGGUCGUUCGAGUUUGCGGUACCGAACGGCAACGAAAUGUACGUUCCAUUUGUCAAGUUGCGUUGGAACUUUCGUACGAUGAUGAAGCACGACGACUUCAGCACGAGUAUGGUGCACUGUUGCAGCUAAUGCGCUAUUCGUUGGAUGCAAUUUGGCUGCCGGAAAUGAUUGUACCCGGGAUGCCACCGGGCAGUGGUGGUGAUGCGGCAAUGAUUGCUAACGCAUCAGCACCAAUCCUAACAGCAACGGAUCUUGUGCGAGCUCAGGAUGCUCAACGAUAUGCUUUGAUAAAACCACAUCAACGCUACAAACCAGAUAUACAAUCAAUUUCCUGGCAAUGGGACAUCUUAAAAUAGAAGCAAUCGCUUUGCUAACUUUUGUUGAUUUAUGCACAUUAACGAAUGGUAUCGAAACAUAAGGAAGUUAAUUUCAAAUACAAUAAAAACACAAAUGUUCAAAACAUAAUAGAAAUAUAGGCAAAGAGCAAAAAAAACCGCGACCGAAAUGACGUGAUAUGUAUCAAUCGAAAUGUUGUGCAGCCAAAAGCAUGAUAACAGUUAUCCAAGUUACGCCAAUGUGUGGCAUUUCCAUUUAACGCGAUCGAUCGAUCAGAUCACACCGCGAUUCAACAGUAACGCACGAUCAUUAUUUGUUUCGUACAUCUGCAUUACGGCACACACGGAUGAUCAGGUGAGUAUGUAAGAUCAAUGUGGAUCUUUUCCCUGCACAUGAGCAUAAACCCCCAAUUCCUUCUCACUCGUCAACAGCCAGGAAAAUUGUAAGACUUGAUGUUUUCAUUUCAAUUGUAUAUGCAUCUUUAUUCACGAAACGUUUCUUACGUCGCGUACGGUCAUCUAACCAUCUUUUGGAGGUGUUUUUUAGGGGAGGUCGUUUUGAAAUCGCAGGCAAGGUAGUGGAGGCAAAAUUAGUGCUCAAAACUGGAGCACAUUCGUUGCUACCGGACGGUAAAAGAAGAGCGAAAUGCAUGCAGUGUGUGCCGAUAUUCACUCAGCCUAGCUUGAAGCUAAUUGCAGGCAGAAAAACAGAAACUCCCGUUGUGUUGAGGAUUUUUGUUUUCGCCGUACGAAUCGAUGCGAAUGUUUCGUUCACAUGGGUGGUCCCCUUUCUGCGGUUUGAUUGAACUUCUUUGAUCUGAUUUGAUACAGAUAACUAAUGGUAAUUACAAUCACUUCACAAUGUUGUAAUUACAUUAAGUAUUGAUACAGUAUUUAUUAAUUUAGUCAUUCGAGGGAAGUACAUUGAUAAUCUCUGGCGGAGAUCCCAGACUGUACAAGACUGGUAUACGUCGUUUGCAAUGUGCGUACGUAUGGUAGCUUAUCAAAAAGUGGGUGUUAAACACACUAAACAUUCCCCACAAUUACCCAAGGCGUAUUUGAUCGAUAAA